CUGCCUCGACCCCUUCCUCUGCUGCCACGUCUGCUCGCUCCAGAAACAUUGCCUCCUCUGCCACUCCUCUGCGUGUUGUCUGACAUACUCUUUAAUUCAAUAGUGGUUGUGAAGCAGAAAGUCAGUUUAUUUAGCACAAUCGGUCAAUUGCAGCUUGCCGUUGGCUGGAAACUGUACGUUUCUGUCACUGGAAUGCACUAAUCACCCAAAAAAUAUUACCGCCACCCGGCGUGUAAAUGGAUCUAACUCUUUGAACGUACAAUACUGUGGCCCUGAGUAACGAUUCUGUGUCCCUGAGUAACGAUUCUGUGUCCCUGAGUAACGAUUCUGUGUCCCUGAGUAACGAUUCUGUGGCCCUAAAGUCUCUGUGGCCCUAACUCUGUCCCUUAAUACAGACAGGUCUGUCUCUCUUGAAUGAC